CCAUCUUCUGAAGGCCUAAGAAGUCAAGACGCGUGACUGGCUACACUGAGAAGACAGAAGGAACUGUGCAGUCACCGAGAGGAGACAAUGGAUCCCAGACGUUACGUUAUGGAAUUAAAUGAUGGUAACAUCAUACCUCUACUGGGAUUUGGCACUGCUGCACCUAUAGAGGUUCCUAAAAGUGAGGGUCUAGAGGCCACCAGAUUAGCUAUUGAUGCUGGGUACCGCCAUUUUGAUUCUGCUUCUGUGUACCAUAAUGAAGAAGAGAUAGGACAGGCCAUCAGGAGCAAGAUUGCAGAGGGCAUUGUGGAAAGAAAAGACAUAUUCUACACUUCAAAGCUUUGGUGUACUUUCCAUCGACCAGAGCUAGUUCAGCAAAGCUUGGAAGAAACAUUGAGAAAAGUUCAACUGGACUAUGUGGACCUCUACAUUAUUCAUUUCCCAAUGGCUUUGAAGCCAAGUAAAGAGCGAAUUCCAAAAGAUGAAAAUGGAAAAGUAAUGUAUGACACUGUGGAUCUCUGUGCCACAUGGGAGGCCAUGGAGAAAUGUAAGGAUGCAGGGCUGGCUAAGUCCAUUGGGGUGUCUAACUUCAACCGCAGGCAGCUGGAGAUGAUCCUGAACAAGCCAGGGCUCAAGUAUAAACCUGUUUGCAACCAGGUGGAAUGUCAUCUGUAUCUCAACCAGAGCAAACUACUGGAUUUCUGCAAGUCAAAAGACAUUGUUCUGGUUGCCUAUGGUGUUCUGGGAAGUCAAAAAUAUGGAGAAUGGGUGGAUCAGAACACUCCGGUUCUCUUAGAUGAUCCAGUUCUUGGUGCCCUGGCAAAAAAGCACAAGCGAAGUCCAGCACUGAUUGCCCUUCGUUACUUGCUACAGCGUGGGCUUGUGGUUUUGGCCAAGAGUUUCAGUGAGAAGCGAAUCAAAGAGAAUUUGCAGGUUUUUGAAUUCCACUUGACUCCUGAGGACAUGAGAGUCCUAGAUGGUCUGAACAGAAAUAUUCGAUAUGUUUCUGCGAGUUUUUUGAAUGGCCACCCUAAUUACCCAUUCUCUGCUGAAUAUUAGCAUGGAGAUCUUCAUCAUGACUUCUACCAGAAGCUCCUGCACACAUCUUGUGAUAUGGCAGACAUCUCACACGCUGAUGAUUAGAGACCUCUCUUCUGGAUAAUCCAUGCUGCUAAACGCCUCACAAUAAGCUAGAGUUAAAUCCACAGGACAGGAAGCAUGUGCACUAAAUUUUUGUCACUUUCUUAAAACAAUUGAUGUUGACUUCUUCUUUAAAGAUUCUGACUUACACGAUUUCUUUCCUUUGACUGCCUUAUUCCCCAAACUGAUUUUCCUGGAAGUUUGAAAACCAUUGGUGGGAGUUUCCAGCCAUUCCAUUGACCUUUCUGAAGUAGAAGCAGGCAGAAUUGUUGACCUGUAGGGAAGUAACCGCUAGUAGGCAUCCCUCUCACCCACACUCCCACCCUUAUUCCUCCUCCCUCUGCUAUUCCAAUAUUCUUUAAGAUUUAUUUGAAUGGCAGAGUUAGAGAGAGAGGUAGAUAGAGAGAGAGAGUGGUCUUUCAUCUGCUGGUUCACUCCUCAAAUGGCUACAAGGAAUGGAGCUGAGCUGAUUCGAAGACAGGAGCCAGGAGCUUCUUCUACAUCUUCACAUGUGUGCAGGGGCCUGAGAAUUUGGGCCAUCCUCUUGCAUUCCCAGGCACAUUACCGCAGAGCCGGAUCAGAAGUGGACCAUUGCAACUGGAGCGGGUACCCAUAUGCGAUGCUGGUUCUGCAGGCUGGGGCUUUAACCCAUUGUGCCACAACCCCAGCCAACUAAUUUUUAUUUUUUACAAAGACCUAUUUCAGUUAACUUUAUACUCUUAAGAUUAAUCCUAUGCCUAGUAAAAAGUUCAACAAAUAGAAUGAAGGAAAAACAAAACAAAACAAAACAAAACAAAACAAUGGUCCUCAAAAGUCAAGACAAGGGCUAUUAAAUCACCAUAUUGCAAAGUGUCAAUUUCACGCGUAUAGAUUGCCUUUUAGGACACAGAUCAGGGAAAACAUAUGGUAUUUGUCUUUUGGGGACUGGCUUAUUUCAUAAAUGUGAUGUUUUUCAGUUGCUUCCAUAUUAAAUUUGGUCAGGGAAAUGAACAUGAGCCAACUUGGUUAGUUGACUAGUAACUAGACACAGUGGAAGUAGAAGAGAAGGCUGUUUUGUGUCUUGCACACAUAUUUGUAAGUUUGCAUUAUUUUCUAUUUAAAACAUUUAAGAGGAUAUAUUUUAUAAAUUAAUAUUUACAUUUAGACUGUGAAAAAUAUGUUGAAUAUGGAACUGAGCACAUCUAUGUUUCAAAAUAUUGAUAAUUGGUCUUUCAAUAAUCGUAUCCUGAAUAUCAAAGAAGAGUUUUCAUAGUUAAUUCAUGAGCCAGAGCUGAGUGUCAGAUUCUUCAAUUACGAUUUUCAGGAAAUCCAGGGAUCUUACUUGGCUUUUGGGGUCCAGAAUGUCAAAACAAAAACAAAACAUAGCAAAACAACAGCAAAAAAGUAUUGACUUGCUGAAUUGCCACAAAUAUCAGCUCUAUGUCCAUCACUUUUUUCUAGUUUAAAAAUAAAUGUCAACUUUAAUACUAUCAGUAGUUACUUUAAUUAUAAGUGACUUUAACUUAUAAAUCAAACGGAAGAUAAAACAACAGAGUGAAUAGACAGCUACAGGAUUCAACUACUUGGUUUUUAAGAGAUUCACUUUAGAUCUAAGGCCACAAUAGUUUGUACCUGAAAUGGAAAGAUAGUUCAUGCAACUAGUAAUAAAAAAAGAA